AUUGAUCCGAGGUUUGACACAUUUUCGUCCAUGUCCUUAUGAUCAAAAUUAGUGAUCAAAAUUAAAUAAAAAGUAAUGUCGCAUGUCUUAAUGAAAUGACAAUUUUAUACGACAGCAGUACAGAUAAACAUAAAGAAAAAAAAUGUACAGAGCAACUCAUUUACAGCAUAGAUUUAGAAAGGGCCCUGCGCGCGGUUUACCAGGCCAGUUAUUCAUCUGUAUUUUUAAUUUAAAAUAUAUUUUAUUAAUAUUUUAUUGGCAGUACAAUUCAUGUAAAAUUAAAAAUCUAUUUUAAUUAAGGUAAAAUGUUUAAUUAAUCCGUUAGAUAAAAACAAAACAAUCCCUAAUUCACUUUGCAAUUGCAGUAUUUUUUUACAACAGUCUGGGAUACAUAUUUCAACAUUUUUAUGAUUAACAAAACUACCUAGGUUUUAGUUUUUUUAUAGGUACCAAUGUAGAAGGUGUAAGAGAUUUUUAUCACCUAUAACAAUAAUGUCUAGCUGAAAGUUGUUAAGCUAUAAAUAAAUAUUUUCUUCAUUACAUAGUUUUUUCGACAAGGCUGGCCAGUAUUAACUUUCAAGCAAAGAUUAAGAAUUUUUUUUUCGUAGAAUAUUUAUUAUCUUUGGCGUUAGCCAGUAUACCAUGUCGCUUAAAAAUAUGGCGGGAGCUGUCAUAAGAUUUAAAAAAAGUGUUAUGAUACUAUGUGACUAUUAUUAUUAUGUGUAAACAAAUUAAUAAUACAAGUUUAUAGUUGAAAUAUAACAAUUAUAUAAAUACAAUGGAUUGGAUUCAUUGUAAUAAUUGUUUUUCCCAGUUAGAUCCUGGUAUUACUCUCCAUUUGACAUCAUGUGGUCAUAUGUUUUGUAACAAUUGUUUAAAUAAUGGAUCACAGCAAAGCACAUGUUUAGUAUGCCGCAUGCCUUGUUCAAUUAUGAAACUGGUACCUGAUAUGAAACCAGAAAUUCAGGACUAUUUUACGGAACCUGAAGAAAUAAUCAAAAAAUGUUGUGAAGUUUUACAGUUUCAGAAACAACAUAGGCGUAGGCUUCUUUCCUAUUUAUUUCAGUCAACAAAGAAAUUUUACACGGCGAGAACCGAGCUGAAGCGAAUGACGGAGCUGUGCCAGAGACAACACAAGCAACUAAAGGAUUGUCAGAAGACCAUCAAACAUUUGGAGGCGCAGAUAGGACAGACAAAACUAUCGCCUUUCAACAUUCCAAUAUCUCCGGUGUCCAACAUGUCUUCGAAUUACUUACAAUCGACGCCGACAUACAAAAGGACUGCUAAAAGUACCCCGUAUAGCCAACCGUAUCAAUCCAACCUCGUGACCCCGUCACGGAUAAGCAAACAGAGGACAAGUAACUACAGCACUCAGAGUCAGAGAUCAAACACGUCCAACAAGAUAUCUUCGACGGUGUUCACUCCUCCGACUCCCGAGUCAGUAGGGUCCUUCCUUAGCCAAUACAGCAAUGAGUCAGGGUAUCUCUCCAACAGUCCCGUAUUAUACUGCAACGGCUAUGACAGAAAAUGCUCAUUGAAUAAAAAAAUGUUACGAAGAAGUAUUGAUUUGGUUUAAACUCGCAAUUGUUCCUUGAUUGUUAGUUAAGUUGCAUGUAGUAUAAGAGUAAGGUUAAUUAGAUUUAAUGCUUUUAUAACUGCCUGCUUGAUUUUGUUCCUAAUAAAAAAAAU